AAAAAAUUUAAGCUGCGGAAGAAAUAGAACGGAACCUGCCCAAUCCAUCACAAGCUCCAGCCGCGAGGCGGCGCCGUGGAUCCCCCAACGCAUUCCCCCUCGACGAUGGAUCUGCCGCCGCGCAACAUCGUCACACUCCUCCGGCCUCGUAGGGCCUCCUUCCCUCCCUCGCCUUUGCUCCAACUUCUUGGUCCCCGAGGGAACCUUCCCGCUCGGAUCUGUGCUGCAGGAUCCUGUUCACUCGGUCUCCUCUCUCUACCUGCUUGGAGCUGUUCCAAUCCCUGUCUCCGCGGUUCUCAGAUCGGACGUGCUUGUUCUAGAUCGCAGAUUGCGUCUCCUUUCACCUCUACUUCUCCUGUCGAUAGGAACAGUCGAGAUGGGUUCCGCAUCGUCCUCGUCGCGAUUGCCUGUGGGGUACUUGCGGUAAGGUGCCAAAGGGCUCUCGCGUUAGCAGCCGCAGUGGAUGCCACGGUUGGGAUUCUGGCACCUAAUAGAGUGAGUCUUGUUGGAGUAUGGCCGAAGGUGCUGCAGAUUCUUCAAGUAUUGAAGGACCAGGGCUUGAUUUUGACAGCGCUUCUGGGUCUGUCCGCCUUCUUUUCGAUGGCGGAGACGUCCAUCACUACGUUAUGGCCGUGGAAGGUUCGAGAGUUGGCUGAAAAAGAACCUGAGAAUGGUGUUUUCAGAAUGCUCCGUAAUGAUGUCACUCGAUUUCUCACAACGAUUCUCAUUGGCACAACAGUGGUUAAUAUCGGUGCAACAGCACUUGUUACUGAAGCAACGACUGCAAUUUUUGGUGAAGCUGGCGUUAGUGCUGCUACAGCAGUUAUGACGGCUGCUGUUUUGUUGCUCACUGAAAUUACUCCAAAAAGUAUAGCUGUUCAUAAUGCCACAGAGGUAGCUAGGUUUGUUGUAAGGCCGGUUGCUUGGCUUUCUGUAGUCCUGUAUCCUGUUGGAAGAGUUGUCACUUUUUUGUCGAUGGGAAUUUUGAAGCUGCUGAGGCUAAAAGGUAGAAGUCAGCCAUAUGUCACAGAGGAUGAACUAAAAUUAAUGUUACGUGGGGCUGAGCUGAGUGGAGCAAUAGAGGAAGAAGAACAGGAUAUGAUCGAAAAUGUACUAGAGAUAAAAGACACACAUGUUCGAGAAGUGAUGACACCUCUUGUAGCUGUAGUUGCAAUUGAUGGUAGUGCAACACUCAUUGAUUUUCAGAAUUUGUGGGAGACUCAUCAAUAUUCAAGAGUACCAGUCUUUGAGGAGCGUAUUGAUAAUAUUGUAGGGAUUGCAUAUGCCAUGGACAUGCUUGAGUAUGUCAAAAAGGUUGAGAAGCUAAAAGAAAUCACAGUGAAUGGUAUUUCACGCAUGCCGGCGUAUUUUGUACCAGAUUCAAUGUCCGUCUGGGAUAUGCUGAGAGAGUUUCGCAUAAGGCAGGUUCAUAUGGCUGUAGUCCUUAAUGAAUAUGGUGGAACAGUUGGUAUUGUAACCCUAGAAGAUGUUGUUGAAGAGAUUGUUGGUGAAAUAUUUGAUGAAAAUGAUUCAAAGGAGGAAAUCCAACGGAAAACAGGGAACAUUGUGAUGCGAGAUGAUGGGACAUUCGAUGUCGAUGCCAACACAAGUAUUGAUCAACUAUCAGAAGAACUAAAUAUUAAAAUACCUGAGGGUCAUCAGUAUGAGACAGUAUCUGGAUUUGUCUGUGAAUCCUUUGGAUAUAUUCCUGAAGAAGGUGGAAAGAUCAUAGUGGUACUUGAGAAGGCAAAUAAAGAAGAGGAUACUGAAGUCAUUGAAAUAACAACGGAUGGCCAUGACGAGGAGAGAUUUCAAUCGUUUGAACUUGAGAUACUUGAAGCUAAUGAAAGAAAGGUUGGUAAAGUUCGUUUUAUACCAAUCAACAAUGAGCAUGGAGAAAACUUAGAUAAUAAGGGCAUGACUCGAAAAGUGGAUAAGCAAGCAGACAAAUCCAUAAAUGAACUGGACAGCUCGGACGAGGAGAUUGAGGUGGGAUUGAAAGAUGGAUGCUCCCACGAGGCAGUUUUGUAGCAGGAUGAACUCCAACAUAAAAAUUCCUUGAUUCAUAACAAUAGUCAAAAGUUUGGUGACCACGAUUAACAGUCUAUGAUAAAUUCGUCACAUCUACAAUGCUUCCUCUUCUUCUGCAGAUAAAUAAACAAAGAGAAAAGAGGACCUUUUCUUCAGAGUGAGAUCUUGCAGGAUUAUUUUACAGGUGGAGAGACGACGCCAAAUCAUCUGGACGACUUAGAUGUGUGUCUGUUUUCAGUAUUCAGUAUUGGACCACGAGCGUAGCAUUAGCGAUGUUUUGAAUGACUGCAAUUCAGUACAGUCAACAUGAUAUUCAUAAUCCAACCGAAGGGAUGGACCAUACUGAAGCCUCAAAGGAUUAUAUCAAGUCCCCAUGGAAGAACCACCCAGGUAACUUCAGCCAGCACUUGCAGGAUCUGCCUCUUCUACCUCAUCUGUUCGAUCUGUUGUAGCCGCUUGAACCUCUCUUGCAGCAUUGCAACGACGAGCAGAGGACUAGAGCGUCGUUAUUCUGCUUAGCCAUUUUAAGAAUGAAAACAGAUUCAACAAUGGGUUGUAUUCUUGUUCGCUUGUGCUCUUGUAUUUGUAGGUCUAAGAAGCUUUCUUCCGCUCAGCUAUUAUAUGUUUCAUAGCAUUUGGUUAUAUGAAUUGGCAUCGGAGGUGCAACGACCAAGGAGUUAGGUUUGGUUGAUUUUUUGGACAGGCCAAGUGAAGUUGAAAGGCAAGUCCAAGCCUCCAAGGCCUAAUGGAUUUAUAAUUUGGAUGGGCUUUUUUCUUGGAGAACGGCAGGUGAUGAUUUGAGAUGUUAUUAUAAUAUUAAAUAAAUAAAAAUGAUAUUUUAUUA